AUGAGGAAGACCUGGAAUUAUGACUUGAUAAAAUUCCCUCCGGACUUAACCCUUUGGGUCGAAGCAUAUCCCGUCAAAACGAAGCUUCCUCGCAAAUUUAUCGAGUCUUGGAAAAAGAAGCCAGCAUGGGAGAAGGUUUCGGAUGCCGCCUUUACCUUUACAGACCCAGAAUCUAAUGACGAAAUUAUUGGUGUUGUAUUCGAGGCAGGUUUCUCCGAGAAUUAUGAAGACCUUCUAUCAGAUAUGAGACAGUGGCUGCUGAGAAGUGACGAUGACCUACAACUUGUUAUUAUCGUCAAUAUUCAGGAAGACCGAAAGUCCCUUGAAAAGAACAAAAGCCAUAAUGAUGCCAAGGACCGCAUCGCUUCGCUCCUGCAAGAGUGCGGAAGCGAAAAGGGAAAGGAUGACCACUCUGAUAUUCUCCAUUGGCUGUCAGCUACAACGGGAAGGCCAGCGGGAACCGAAGAGCAGAGUACUUUCGACGAUAGUGAAUCCGACGCCGAACUUUACACGGCAGUUAAAGGCAAAUUGGAUUGCAACGAUUGGGUGGGACCACUGACUGUCGAGCUUGAAUACUGGGAACUGAAGGAUUCAAGGCCACAGAGGCGGGGGGACAAAGUUCGUGUGAUACCAGCAAUCAAAGGCGACAUCCCCUCUAUCUAUAUCAGCGAGGCUAUCCCUCUCCUGACCGUUGCUAAAUGGCCAUCACUAUCUCGAGUAGUGUAG